CCGGAGUAUCGGGUUAAACAAACGUUUCAUUAUGAGCUCCCUAAUCACUGGAAAGCCAAACCCCGUCUCGACGAACCCGGAUAACCUCAGGAACUUCCUCGAGACCGACUCCGAUAACCUCAAGAGCCGGUUAUUCGCCGAGCUCGAUCACACCGAUCUGAAGACGCUAGAUAUCAUCUGCGCCUAUGUCCAGACGAGUGGAGUAGUUAGGUUACGGAAAUUCUUCGAACAACUGCAGGAGAUGGCAGUCAAAGUCCGAAUCAUAACCACACUACAAAUGGGCACAACUGAGCUAGCAGCCCUUGAGACACUCAAGAGGUUCAACAACAUUGACAUCAAAGUAUUCAACUACCCAAGCGAUCGGCGGCUCACAUUCCACGCCAAAGCAUGGUUGUUCAGAUAUCUCGAUGGACACGCUACUGCAAUCGUCGGCUCAUCGAACAUAUCGAGAUCAGCACUUCUUUCUGGAAUUGAGUGGAACUUAGUUCUAGCCAACCAGUCUCCAGAGACAAACCAAACAAUACAAUUCUUCACCGUGUCUUUUCAGGAAUACUGGUAUGAAACCGAUGUGCGCUUUCGGGGCAACUUGAUCGAGUACUCGGACGCAACGCGCAAGCACCUCGAUGCCAUUCAUCAAAACGAGUGCACUAACAUCGACAUCGAUAUUGACGCGAACGAGACGGACCCUGCGAUCCGUAAAGCAGUGGAAGAGCUUCGGGAUGCGCAAAAAGUCCUUCAAGCUAAAAAAUCGGCAUGCAUGAAGUUGAUGAGCAAGAGAUCCAAGCGACCGCUCCAAGCUGAAAGUGAAACCAGACCAGAGAGGAAAAAGCCCAAGCGGGCAGAAAUGGCACAAACACACUCUCAACAUAACCAACAGAGUGGAGAAGGACUCGAUCAGAUGAUUCCGCAACAAUCAGGUUUGCAAAUGCAGACGACAUUGCCGCAAUUUGAGACAGCUUCAUCAGAUACCAUGGAUGGUUCAGAUUUCUGGCUGGACGACAACCCCGAUGCCCCAGCAGGCCUCGACAAUGCAACUUUCCAUAAUCUGUCACUUCACUCAAACGAAGAGCUAGAAUCUCACUUUCCCCCGAAUCAGACCAUUGAAGAUUCCAGAACUCAGAUGGAUUCGGAUACUGAAGUUAACGAGAUUCUGCUAAGCCUGAGCACUCUGGUCCGGGAUUGGGACCGUAUGAUUAGACAGGGCGCCAAAUACAAAAUUUUCCCGGGAUUUCUAGUGAGCGCACGAAGGCAUAUUGAGAAGCUUAUCGACACAGGCAAGGUAGGAGAGCCGAGUCAAUUCAAGGACUAGUAUCCCGUCACAGCAAUGUAAGAAGGGUUGAGUAAUUCAAUUGACAGCCCGGAGGUAUGUUCAUCUACUCUUCAAGCUUAUAUUCACGAAGUAAUGAACUUAUCUUUGACUUUUCUACAUGAUCAUUGUAUAAACUCUAGUCUCCUCUGCAACAUAUGCCCAGGUGGCCGUUGUAAUAUCGUUGUUGGCCGAGCCUUCUGU